AUGAUGAAUAUUGAAACAUUGCUACAAGCUGCACAAAUUCUGGAAAGUCAACAAUCAAUACCACCCAAAAAACGGCUAGUCAGAGGCGGUCGGCAAACUCCCAAUAAUAAUAAUAAUAAUAAUAAUACGAACAAUCAUAUACCAGCAAGUGUCCUUUCAUCAACAACACUGAAUACGAAUUCAACCAUAAUCCCACCAACAUUAUCCAUAAUUAAAAAUGAAAAUCUUAUAGAAUGUUCUCAACUUGAUUUUAAUCGUAAUUUACAUAAUGUUAAUCAUUCAAUUCAUCAACAACAAUCCUAUUCAUCUCAGCAACAGUUUACAUUGGAUCAAAAUGAUGAUGAUGAUGACGACGAUGACGAUGAUAUUGAUCAAAACAAUCAAAAUUCAGCGCAAAACAGUGACAUUUCUAAUCGUGGUCAGACAUGUUUCCGUGAUCGUGAAAUUCACAAUAAACUAGAAAAACAUCGCGAAAUAAAAAUUCCACUAUCGCUAUCUUAUUUCCUAUUUUUUUCCUUGAUGGUAUCUCCAAAAGAAGCUCAAAGACGAGCUCAUUUAAAAGAUUGCUUUGAUACACUCAAAGCCGAAGUACCAUGCCAGCGCGAUCGAAAAAUAACAAAUCUUCAAGUACUGAAUAUGGCUAUAAAAUAUAUUCAAGCAUUAACACGAAAAGAACGUGAAUAUGAACAAGAAAUAGCUAUGUUAACAUCGAAUAACAUAGAAUUACAACGACGUCUUGGUGCAGUUAAAACCGAAUUAAAUUCCGAAGGACAUAAUGUUGAUACAUGGCUUGAAUCAUAUUCUGAUAUUGACCAUUCAAUAUCGACUUGUACAGCUUCUGAAGCUGAAAUGUAUCGAACAUUCGAUGAUGACGAUGAUGAUAAAAAUGAGGAUGAUCAACAGUUAAAAAAAACGAAACUGCUUAAUGAAAACAGUCAUCUAGAUACGAACAACAAUCAUAGUGGUAUUAAAACGAAUAUGAACAAUUCAUAUACAGUCGAUUCCAAAACAUUAAUAAAUAAUCGUAGAAAUACAACGCGUCAAAGGUCACGACCAUCAAAACGAAAAAUAUCAUCAAUACCAACUACGAAUUUACUACAAACAUUACCAGUAUCAAUACCAACACGUUCCGAAAAUUUACUUGAUUAUAAUACAGCAAGAUAUCUUCAGUUGGAUCAACCAUGUAAUUUAUUAACAUCACUUAAAGAUAAUUUAUCAACACCUACCACAACAUUCACACCAAUAACUGAUAUCCGAUAUGAUAUUGUAGAUAUGUUUACUAAAGGUACAACUUCACAUUUGCAUCCACAACAACAGCAACACCAACAAGUUUCCCCAUUACCGUCCAUAGCUAGUCUGAUGAAUAGACAUUCAUCACCGGUGGUUUCACCAACAAAACAAACUAUUGGUAUUAAUACAGAUCCAUUAACAACAUCGACAACGAACAUUUUACAUCAACCUGUUGCUACAUCGUGA